AUGUACCCUACAUCCACUCCCUCCUGCACUCCAUUCGGCGGGCGCAACGUCCCCUAUAGCCACUCCCCUUUCAUGGACGGCCUGGUCGAUGCCUGCAAGGUUCCCUGCGUCUACAAGAGUUUCGGCUGCGAGAGUGUGUUCCGGGACUGCCCUUAUCCAGAUGAGAAACUUCGGAAGGACCUUAGCGAGAGGCUUGGCAUGAGUGCCCAGCAGGUCAAGUUUUGGUUCCAAAACAAACGCACCUUCAGUAAGGGCAAGAUGCAACGGUGGGAGACCCAAAAUCAUUGGGUAGAAAAUGAGAGGCUAAAAACUGAACAUCAAGCCAUCAUGUUGGCUAUGCAAAACAAGACUUGCCUCAAAUGCAGAGGGGUGAUGGUACAAACUCAGGAUACCUCGGAGCGCCAAUGCCUAUACACCGAGAAUAUGAGGCUCAAGGAAGAACUCCUACAUGCCACUACCUAUCUUAAAGAAGGUCUUCGCCGAAAUGGCAUGUCGCUCCCACGGGCCCGCAACUGA